UAUGAUCAACCAGCUACGUUACGUCACAAGAAAGCUGCAGGGUCAAACUUUAAAUGAGGCUUCGGAAAACAGCGGAAAGGUUGGCAGUGAGGACCGCGACUCUGGCACCGAGUCUGAUGACGAGCAGCCUUACGACGACCCUGAGCCCGGUAUGUCAUGCUCAAUGUGAACCCUGAAAACACAUCCUGCCAACCAUCUUUCCCGCAACCAUGAUCCCGCACCAAGAACCCCCUCUGCAACAUUACUGGUCAUGAGCAGAACCUACUCCUUCCACAGUGAAUUGAUCGGUGUUUGUGAACCUUUGUUAGAUGUUCAGUAAGGUCCAUUAUCCUCGUACCCAAGACUGGAUGAUGAGCUUUAUUGUUACUUUAACUCAGGGGCUAAAUAUCCGAUUGUGUCACACUCUUCUUGGCUGAUAACGUUAUAAAGGAGAUGCAUGAUCACUAGCUUCCUGAAAUAAGCAGCGAGAUGUCGAGUGAGGUGUCCAGUGGGUGUAGUGUGAGAUCGCGCCCCACCAGCCAGACCAGCACGGACACCCUCACCUGUGAUGACCUCCCAAUGGCUGGAGAUGCCCCUGACAUGCCCCCACCAUCCACCAUCCCUUCCUCAUCAGUACCCUCUUCCUAUCACCACCCACAACAUCUCCAUCACCACCAUCAUCAUCACCUUCACCACAGUCAUCACCCACAUCCUGGUCGGAGGGCACGGACACCCCGUCACCCCCACCCAUCUCUUCGAACCCCAGACCCACCUAGAGAAUCCCCUGCCUUAGAGUCCCCUAUUGAAUCUUUCCUGGACUCUGCGUUUGUAAGUGACUGUGAUGCCUGUGAUCCCGUAGAACAUCACUCGUCAGAAGAAGAGCUGGAAACACUGACAUGUUCGUGGUCCCGAGAAACAGGGCCCCCGGAAAAGCGCAAGUGGUCUCAAGUAGCCCGGCUCUCCCUUACAGACUCAGGAAGCAGUGACGAGGAAGUUUGUGUGUUGACCACUGGGUCACGCCCACCCGUCCAAUUUAGAACCUCCCCGCCCCUCGAGGCUCAUAAACCCCUACGCUCCGUCUCUCCACCAACAAAAAUGCUUGGUCUAGCAAGUAGUGGACGGGAAGGUUUAGUGUCAGCAAGUGGAGGAGGCGACGGUAGGGGCUCUCCUGGUGGUGGCGUUGGUGGCAGUGAGGGUGGGACUCCAAGGGCAGAAGGAGGAGCACGGGCGGCAUCCCCACGCAAGAGACACAGACACACUCCUCGCCCUCACCAGAUGCACCGCCCAUGUUUAGACUUUGAGAAAAUGCAACAGAUGAAGACCCGAGCGGUGACGCAGUGGAGGAACGGCGGUGAGCUGUCACUGUCGUUCUGCUAGUUUUCUGCUGCUAUGUGACAACCUCGAUGUUCCCAGUGGCAUGUUUGGGAAAUGAAAUUUGUUUGUGUUCUGUUUUGGGAACAAAAGAUUUUACCACAAAGGCAAGGAUGUGAAUCCUUAUUGCUCGCAGUUUUUUGAAAGGGUGUUGUUUGUGUUCCAAGAUGAGUUAGUGUUGAAUAAAAAAAAAAUGUUAUUACUUGCAACUUACUACUAGAAUGGGAUGGGAAGUGUUACUAUGGAUAUUAUUUUAGGGUUUUCUGUUAUAUAGUGGAAAAUGUGGAUUGAGAUAUAUUGAUUUUUUUUAUAAAACUUUUUUUUUCUUUUUUUACAUACAUGUAUAUAUAUAUGUCAGGGAUUGAUUCAUGGAUGUACAUCUUUGAUACUGAUUAGUUUUGUUACAAUGUGGAAGUUGAAGCCAGAGAAUAGGUAUCCUGCUAUAACAUCAGCCACAUAAACAUAAAAGUAAUGCUCUUGUUAAAUCAAAUGUGGAGGGAAUGUGGAUUUGUGUGUAACCUUUGCAUUAGAGAUUUUGUCUUUUGUAGCUUAAUAGAACUAAUGAAGUGCAAGUGUAGAAAGAAAGAGAGUGAGAGUAAGAGAGUGUAAAUCUGCCCAAUUUUGUACCUGAUUCCUAAUUUAAAUAUAUGUAAAGAUAAUUAAAGGUUAAUAUAUGUUGAAGACACACUGGUCACCAUCUGAGUCGGAAUUAUUUUGGCUUUUAAAGGUAAUGCCAAGUGGCUGUGUUUUUAAUCAGCACCCAAUUAGAGUACAAUAUUUUUUUUUUUCCAAGCUGUCUGAUAUUUUAUAAUGAACUAAAAACUUAUGUCUGUCAGGAACAUACCUAUCUGGAUCAAGAGAUUGAAGUUCUGCUGCCAAGGACAUACUUGAAAUGGUGUAAAUAUGUUAGGGAAAAUACUGUUUUUGAAGCAACGUAAACAAUGCAGCUUAAUCAUGUUGCAAAGAAGCAGCAGAGCAGAAUGGGUACAACUCUCAGCACUUUAUAUUUGACACAAUACAUAAAUUGCAGAUUGAUAUUUCCAGAAUGGAAUGGAUGAAAGCAUUACGAUAUUUUGUUUGGCCAUGGUAUAGACCGCUAAGUUGAUUACUAUUUUUAUACAGUAGAGUGUGUGAAGGGUUACAGCUAGAAGUCUGAUGAAAGGUUAGGAUGAUACUUGGAAAGAAUGUUAUUAAUGAUUGGUCAAAAUGAAUUGAAAUAACUUCAUGGAAAUUCCUGUCUCAUCACAAACAUUUAUUGAGGAUUAAAAAAAAUAAAAGUAUAUGCAUUACAUAUAAAACCAAGAUAAUAUAAAAACAUUUUACACUAAGUGAUCAGUAAAUGCUGCUUGGCAAAACAAAAAGCACGUUAUUUUCAACUAAUCAUUAUUUAUGACUUUAAUUAUAAAUUUACUCCCAAAUUAAUUCCAUAAAAUGUACCCAGCUUUCUCUUCUAAUGCAUAAUUCUCUGACCUCAUUGCAAGUUUACAUUGUUUAAAGACAAUGUUCUCUGAAGUAGAUGAGAGGUGCCAGGACAGAGAAUACUUGUGGGAUGUGUAGUCGUUGUAGCCGAUUGGUUUAUAAAUUCCUUGAAAUUACCGAUAUUGUGGCUAUUGUGACGUAAUUUUUUUUUUGUUUGUAUUGUUUUUAUUUUUUUUCCCUCUCUCUCUUGAAAUUAUUUGAUGGAUGGUAAGCUGAUUCAAACUUGCUCCAGUUGCUAUGUGUUGAUGUUACUUCUUCAUACAUUUAAAGCUUUCCAUGUUUGAUCUUCAUGUGCGUGUUUACCUGAGGCACAUACAAUCGGAUAUUAAUUGUAGUAAAUGUAGGCUUUAUGGAUUUUUCUAAUGAUUUACCCUUUUAAAUGUAGCAGUUUCUCCUUACUAAAGACAAGUAACCUGAGAUAUAUUUGUUAACAUCACUAUUUUUCCACGAUCCCAACUAAAUACGAGUAAAACAUUUGAAAACCCCGAUAAAUUAAUCCCUAGUAUUGCAUUUUUGGAAAUAUACCUGAAAUUUAGAUAGGAGGUACAAAUAUUAUAUGAUAUUAAAGGCUUUUUAUUUUAUUUUCUGGAUUUUGAAUUUUAUAGACUGUAUUGCAUGUCUGUGUGUGCAGAAAAAAAACGAAGAAAAAAAACGAGAAAAAAAUACAAAAUUAUAUAUGAUAUCAGUAGAGUAGGACCUAAACGGAAUGCUAGAUUGAAAGCCAAGCUGAUAUCCAUGAUAUCCGAUGAAGCAUGAUCUAGGCAAGGUGUAUCUCAAUUUUUUGACUAUAGCCGUCCUCUGGUACAAGUUCAAAAGAAGAUUGCUUUUAAUCUUCCUCAGGCAAAGGUAGAAUGACAUCCAGUGUCUUUUAUCAGUCAGUUUAGAUGAUUUUAUGCGGAAGGAAGAUAAGUGUAAAGUUUAUCAUCAAUUUUUUUUUUUUCUGGCUAUGUCUACAAAAAUGUGUUUACUUCCAGAAAAGAUUAGAAGAAAAUAUAUAUUUUUUUUUUUUUUAGAAAUGAGCCCAGAAUAGAAGCUCAAAAAUUUCAAAUAUUAGAGAUUUUAAAGAUUGCUAUACGUUCAAAAAAUGGAUUUUGUUAAAAAUGAAAAAUACAGUAAAAUACAACAGACGAAACAUUUUGUCAUCAGUUCCCAAUUUUUGUUGGUGAACAGUAAUAGAAACUUCUUUCUUUAUAGGAUCUGUAACAUUAGAUAUUAUUGAUACGCUAGGUAGCACAUAGAUCAUUUUGCAUUUGGGACCAUGAUUUGAGAGUAUAGAUCCCCCUCCCCCAGUAUUUUGGUUUGGAAAAUGGCUGUCAUAGGAGUAUGACUUGCGUUUUUAUUUAUUUAUUUUUUUCGAUGUUUGGAAAAUUAUUUGGUGAUCAUGUAUUAAAGGACUUGCCUGUAUGGUUAUCUGCAUUAGGCAUAUAAAUAUUUGCUUUUGUAGUUGCUAUUCAAGGGUAGCGUUCAUAUUUGUCUUUCUGAAGUUGAAUCCGUAUGAAUUAUACACUAAAAGAAUGGAAAAGAAGUGUAUUUUAUUAAUAGAAAUUCUGAAAUAAUGAAAGGAAACAACAAAAUUAGAUAGGAGAACUUUAUGAAAUCAAAAAAAGGAAGAAGUAUGUUAUUUGCAUAUUAUUAUGUUUUUAUUACUGUAACUGAUGAGCUUUUAACUUGUGUAUCAUGAAUUAGAAUAUCAUAUCUUUUGUUCUUCUAUAUUAGCAGGAGCUGAUAGUAUGAAGGUUUGCCAUCCAACCCUUUUUUCGUAUAAGAAAUUGCUAUGGUGUAUGUAUGAUCUAAAAUCAACGCAUUUUCCUUUUGUUUAUGGUUUUCAUCCUUCUUUAUCAGGCCAAUGGAAUAUUUUGCUACAAAAGUUAUAUUUGUUUUUAUAAUGAUUUAGUUGAAAAGGAAAAAAAAGGAAAUUCUUAGAACUAUUUUUUUUAUCCAAUUAUUUCUCGUGUAAUUUGUUUUAAUGACAGAAUUUUAUGAUUGGUCAAGUCCCCAGUACUUAAAUGGAAAAUAUUUUUAUCCUGCUUGUUGUGCAGUAUUGCUUUCUGCUUUCCCGCCUCCCUUGAGUAUGUCAAUCUGUAACUGCCAUUAUUGAAAACGAAAAAGAAUUACAUUAGCCACAAGUAAUCAGCACAGUUGUCCGUCAUAUUUGCAAAGGCUUCAUAUCAGUGAGGAUAUGAUAUUUAAAGGAGUACCACUAUCAACUAGAGAGCAUUAUUUUUUGCUGAACAGUUUUUUCCAUGAAUAUCAGGGAAAAUCAGUUUUGUUUUUGAAACUUUUCAUGGACCAAGAAAUCAGACCCCAUUGCAGUAUUUUCCGUAAACUUUGCACUGGCAGCAACUAGUCUCCCAUCCUGUGUAAUCCAUGAAUGUUUAGACAGUUUGUGUGUACCUGGGUAGAACAUAUUUAACCAAGGAAAUUUUGUUCUGUAUAACAUAUGAUUGCUUCUUUUAGCUUUAUGUUAAGUUUUACUGGACAAAGCAGUUUCGGGUUAUUUUUACUCCAUAAUCCUAUCUGUGAAGUGAACCUUUUGCAUGGCAUUAGAGAAUUCCCAUAAUUAGUGAUAUUUUUUGGGACGGCACAAAUUGUAAUGGAAUAUAUCUCUCUGAUGUAACACUGGAAUUCUCUGGCAUGGAAAUGAACAUAUUUUUUGUGAUUAUGGCUAAUUCACACCCCAUAUUUUAAUAUAAGCAGCACUUUUUUUAUUUGAUGAGAAACUUGAUGAGUGUUUUAUAAAUCCAAAUUUGGAUGCAUGAUCUUAAAGAAGUGUGGUAACUCAGUGUAAGGACUGCAGCCCCUACCCUUAGAGAUAUGACCCUUUUCCUAGAACUUUGGACCUUAUGCCCUUACUCCAUAAAGACCUUUUUUUGGCACCCAGGAGAAGAAGGCAUUGUUGUGGCAGAAAUGGAAAGGGGUGGCCAGUGAUCAGUGAAGUUUGUACAAGAUAGAAAAUAAAAUACAACCAAAACGAAAAUUUGUAGAAGAUCAAGGACUGAAAGUUGAUUUUGACCAAAGCACAAGUCUUACCCUAAAGGAAAACAAGAAAUUCAGAGUGUUCGACACAUGUCAGCACGCAAGUCCGGUGAGUGAAGUGAUGGACCCUAGAGAAAAGAGGGGGCCAAAGAAAAGAAAUACAUUAGAUAAGAACCUCAAUUGAAAACUGAUAAUAAAUGAAAAGAAAAUAUUUAAAGGAAAAA